AGGGAUCUCGAGUUAUGGGAAAGUAGAAGUGAGCUAAGAAAGCUUUAGUUUUUUUUUUACCUAAGAGCAGGUGUCGACCCUGACGUUGGAUAUGUGACUUAAAGAUGAGUUCUUCCGUUUGGAAUGGACGGGCGGGUGGAUAUUCUUCACACAAGAAUUACAAGUACAGACGUCUUUCCAGCGCUGAGAAUGGAGCCGGCAACGGGUACAUUUCAUGCGAAGAGGACGAGGAGGAGAUAUUCACAUCACAUGCCGUUGAGCUGAAGAAGAUUGUAAGGAAGUCUGACGGUCAGGAGAAGAAAGACUCAUCCGGCAGCAGCCCAGUUAGGUUCGUUUCUGAACAUGAGCAGCUGAUUGACAGACCCAUACAAAGUGGAGAGACGCUCAGGAGCAUAUCUCUGAAGUACAGAAUUCCGAUGUCAGAAUUGAAGAGAAUAAACAAGAUCUUCCAAGAGAAUGAAUUCUUUGCCUUAAACUCUCUGAAGAUUCCGGUGAAACCCAACUCGGUUUUGGCGGAAAUGCUUGAUGAAGAGAGCAAGCAGAGGCAGGAGAACGUUGCUAGUACUCGAGCUGCAGUAUUGGGCACAAGGAGUGUCAGCAGCUGCAGUGAGUAUGAGAGUGACUCUGAGAUGCAUGUAGGCUACAUCAGCAUUAACCGCAUAUUGAAAGAUACACGCACCAAGAAGGAUGCCAAGAGGUUCCUGGACAAUAUGAAGCGAGACUUGGCCCAGAUCCGUGAAAAGACCAGCACGUACAAGGAGUCUCUAGAUGAAGCUGCGGCUACCCUCACGGACCUGCGGUUUCGCCCCUUGGAGCAGCCAGACAAGUGUGAGGGAGCUGAUUGGGGUAUCAGCUGGUGGAAGAUGAUGGUGGCAGCAGCCAUCCUCCUGAUUGGGAUUCCUUUGCUUUUCUUCUGGUAUUCAAAUCACAGUAGCUAAGGCUUUCGUGAUAGACGGAGAAGGAGGAAGAGAGGACUUCGAAGAACUCAGGAGCACUGAAGAGCUUAGCAGAGUAAGCUCCUCAUCAGACUUUUUAGAAACGAUCUUUUCUGGUUUCUUCCUUUUCUUACUCUUCAUUUAUCUUGAUUUAUCUCCAGUGUUUACAUUUUUGAGGAACAAACAGGUUUAUCAUUAUUUCAUCCAUGAAACAAAGGGAAACCUUAAUAUGUACUUUGUUGUGUGUUGUAUGGCCUACAGAUGGAACAAGCCAAUAAUUUCAGCAAAUAUUAUUCCACUUUGUGUUCAAGAGGUUGAUUCAAACAAAUUGUAUGUUUGGGGGAAAAGAUAACUUUAUGGAUGUUCAUUGCAACAUUUUUUUUUUCUAAAAAUUUUGCAUUAUUAGAAGUGCAUUUAUUUAUUACUGUUGUUAUUGUUAUGUCUCUCUCCACUUUUAUUAUGUACUAUAAAUCUUUUCCUGAACAGACUUUCAAAAUAAUUUUAAAUUUAACAAAUAAUAUGUCCCCUUAAUUGACUGUUGCAUCAGAGAAUACAAUUGAAUAUUGAUGCCAAAGUGCAAAUUGCUGCCAGAUGAAUUGAAUAUGAUGGCUGCUUGUGUGAGUAUGAGAAAUUAUGAGAGAUUAUGAAGACCAUGUUGUAUGUGAUAUUUUUCUGUAGCUUUCAAGGUUACAAGAAGAUAUGACUCGGUGAUUUCUAGUUUUGAUAUUAGGAAUUUUAUUUGAUUCCAGAACAUCAAUAAUGGUGAAUGUUGACCUGUUGAUGCCAAGGUAACAUGUACACAUACCCUGUCCACUUUGAUUUUAUUUUUUUAUUAGUAUUUUUUUUUCAUGUGUAGAUGCCUCCAUGUGUUUAGUCAUGUAGGAGUCAAUUACUAGGCAUAUCUGAUCUUACUUAUUAACUGUAUUCCUUUAAUUUUGAAAAGUGUAUAUUCCUAUAACUACAGGUAUUGUUAGAAAUGUUAACCCUCUUAUGAUGGGGCCAGAAUUUUCUGUGGCGUAAUAAUUAUGCAACAGUAUAGCCUUUCAGGCCGGACGUGUGCUGUGUACAGCUGGCCCAUCUGCUCGAUUGCUAGAGUGAGUUAGGACAUGUAUACGUGUCAUACGUCAUGAUGGCUAUAGGCAUGCCCAUCACUAAGGGGUUAGAUAAUGAUAAUAUCAAUGAUGAUAAUGAUAAUAGUAAUGUAAAGAACAAUAAUUAUUAGAAAUUAGAAAAUUGAAUAUCCAAGAAAUGGGGUAAACCAGACCAACCAGGCAGGCGUAGUGAUUGACUCCUUGCAAGCUAAGUGCUCAUGAAACCACUUAUAUAUACACAAAAUAGGCAAAACAAGACUACAGUGGACAGUUCAUGUACUCAGCACCAAUAGGUUAAUGCAGGACUGUUUUAUAGUGCUGUUGUUACUAUAUUUAUAGAUUUUAAGAUAUUGUUAUGAUAAUGUUUUUCUAAAAGUACUGUACAUCAUUUCCAAUUAUUUCCAUUAUUUUAUUAUUAUUUUUAAAUUUUUUCUUUCUUUCUUUUUUUAAAUUAUUAUUGAUAUUAAUUGUUAUAGAAGAGCAUUGUGUUUUUGCAGAGGUAUUUAAGAGAGCCUGUUUUGUGAAUGGUAUUAUUACUAUUAUUAUUUUUUAUUUAUUAUUCAUCAGUAUGUUGUUGGUAUUAUGAUAAGCAUCACUUUUUUUUUUUGGCAGAAAAUAUUAAGAUAAGUCUCAAGAUUGUCAUAAAUGUCCUGUUUUCUUAUUUAUUCUUUUGCGGUGAAGAGAAGGUGCUCUGAAUGUAUCCAAAUAUAUUUUUUUCGAAUUA